AUGAAAAUGAUCAACGACUGGCUAACUGAGCGCCUGCAGCAGUCCCUUUCGUCGUACCAAUUAACAUGUCUUUCGUUCAUGGUCAAGAAAAUAUAUUCGGAUUCGGAGUUGCAAGGAAUCGACGAUGAACGAUUGAACAGCAAAAUUUACCAGUCAAUAACAAGGCGAUUGCAAAUUGAAGAGGCAAACAGUGCGCUAAAUGAGAGUACCUCGGGGCACGCAACCUCAUCAAUCAGUAAUCAUGCACUCAUUGAUAACGCAACCCAGGCGGUCACUAACGUUGGUAGCUUAGUGGAAGGCGCUGGUGCUAAAAUGCUUUCGCUUUUCAGGUAG